GGUUUGAGAGUCAUCGGAAUUAUUCUGUUGUUCCUUAUUACACACCGUGUUCAGUGAUUUCAGAGUUUUCAUCAGGUUUAUACAGUAAGCUCUUUUCGUAAUACAUGUUAAAGGGAGUCAUUUACAUUGGCAAACUGAGUCACAAUUCCACUGGUCCCAGUUAGGCAUCCUAUCAAACCUGUAUUAAAUCACAUAUACACCUUGUAACCAAUCCAGAUAAUGCUGGAAGAUUCCUAUCAAUACUUCCUAUUAUCUGAAGAUUUUUGAUGCAACAUUUUGUUGUUCGACCCGAGAAAAUAACAUGAGCCCACAUAUGAACAUGGAUUGCCCUGCCGUGAAUUUCCAUGGCAUUGAACUACAAUCUCACGAGAAAGGGGAUAGCAAACAGAAUUCUUUUUGUGCCCUUCGAACCCUUACUAAUCUAGAGGAACAUGAGAUACUCACUUCUUCUGGUUUAUACCAACGGGUUUACGUUCAACCUAAUAAGAAUAAAACUGCAAUUAUCACUUAUCAUGAUAUUGGAACUAAUCAUACAUCGUUUCUUAGUUUAUUCAAUAAUCCUGAAAUGCGUGUAAUUACCGAAAACUUCACGGUUUAUCAUAUAUGUGCUCCUGGACAUCAUGAAAAUGCAACAAAUAUUAGUUUUGGUGAACCUGGUCAAGAUCAAGUAUUAUUAUCAUCACAACCGGAUAUACAAAAACAACGUCAAUCAAUUUCAUCAGUUACUGGUAGUAGAGGAAGUAUUUUUGAAGCGGUUCGUAGAAGAUCUUCACUAAUAUUGAAUCGGUCUCGUUAUCCGAGUAUGGAUCAGUUGGCUGAUAUGAUCACAUCGAUCCUUGUUCAUUUUGGAAUAAAUUAUUUUUUGGGUUUUGGUAUGGGAGCUGGGUCAAAUAUUCUUGCUCGUUAUGCACUUCGUUAUCCAGAUCAAGUAUUGGGAUUAUUCCUUAUUAAUCCAAAUGCAUCAACUCAUGGUUAUUAUCAAUGGUUCCGUAAUGUUUGGUCUGAUUUACCUGCACUUGAACGUGGUGUACUCACUGAUAAUUUAAUGAGUCAAUUAGAAGCUCAUUGGUUUGGAUUUGGUUUAGUCGAAAAUGCUGAUGUAGCUAAUUUUUAUGAAUCAUUAACACGAAGUUUAAAUCCAGCUAAUUUAGCUGGUUAUAUACGUUCUUAUGUGGAUCGAACACCAUUACCGUUAGUUCGACCAAUACCUGGUCCUCCAAUGCCUGAUACUCAUACAAAUCCAAAUGAAGAACCAUCAGUUAUACUUACUGAAGUAUGCUUAGUAACUGGUGAUCGCGCUGUGGAAUUGUCACGUGCUUUAGCCGAUAUGAAUGGACGUAUGGAUCCAAAACGUACACAAUUUCUUAUGAUGCCUGAUUGUACUGGUAUGGUGAUGGAAGAGAAUCCUAGCAAAUUAAUAAUGAAUUUUUUACACUUCUUGCGUAGUAUUGGACAUGUUAUCAACCUUACACCAGAGAAAAUGCGUCAACAAGCAACAGAUUUACAACAAUCUAUGCUUGAAGAAUUACCUGAAACAUGUUUACCAGCUAAAUUGGUUAUGGAACCUGAAGUUUAAAAGAAAAUGAACAACGACGACAACAGAGAGAGAGAGAGAGCAGUAUACUGAUUGACAAUGUGAUCAUAAUAUUCACUGGGGUGUUUUUUUUUCUAUUUACCUGUCAUUGCACAUUAUAUUUGUCUCGUAAACCAUUAAUUUUUUUUGAGGGGGGGGGGAGAAUCCACUAAAGGAUAACUUUCUAAUCCAAUAAUAAUAAAGAUUACAUUUAUGCCGUAAAAGCGCAUUUUACUAACUUAACAAACUAAUUGGUUGGCUGGUUUCUAACCUUGAUUUUGAUUAAAAUUAUAUAUAUAUAUAAUCUAUCACUCUUACAGUUUCUUUCAUUUUACUAACUUGUAUCAUUGAUAUCGACAUACGUACAUGUUACUACUACUACUACUACCCAGUUUUCACAGUAGUAUUGGUUCCAUUUUAUGAAUGAACAGUUAAAUAUUGGUUUAAAUAAGUACUCAUUGACUCUUAUAAUCAUCAUCAUCAUCAUUACAUGGUGAUUGUUUCGUUAGAAAAUUUCUUGUUGGUUGUUGACUUUUCUGUGUUCGUUUUCCCCAUUUCAUAUGACCAUAUUUUUGAACUUAUACCUAAUUCUUUACUGUCAAAAGCAUUUUGCUUAUGUUUCAUCAUUCAAUCAUUCUUUGUUCAUUAGUUAAACAACUGUUGACAUAUAUGUCAAGCCUCUCUCAUAGUUAUUGUCAUUCUCUCAUACUGCACAUCAUAUUCGAUAAGGUUCUAAAGAUUUUCUCUGGCUAUAAUUUUUCACCAAUCUCCUCUCCCCUUUCAUUCCUGGUUAAGGUUAUUCAAUUUAUUAUUCACUUACAUGCAUAUAAUAGCUACUUAAUCAAGUAGUAGUAGUAUUCUCAACAUUUGUUUGUAUGUUAGUACAUACUGUGAUGAUAUUAUUCAUGCUUUGUGUUCUUUUUCUCAUAAUUUCUGUUGUUUUGAAGUUAGUAUUUUCUUUUUUAAAAGACAUUGUAUUCAGUAAUUAGUAUUAGUAUAAUAGUAGUAUGUUUGGUGUUUCGUUUUUUUCGAAAAAAAAAACAUUAUUCAUUUUACUUUUUAUUUUCUCAAGUGAUAAUUUUAAUAUAAUUAAUAAUUUCAUAAAUUGAUGAAC